AUGACUGUCUCGGGCGAGGCCGGGGCGAGGGACCUCGGGCCGGGGGACGGGGGCAGGGAGAGGUGCAACCCGUCGCCAUGGCAACCGCCCCCGCCUAAUCAAUUGCAGAAAUAUGAGAACGCUCGGAGACAUUACACACACUCGGAAAGCGAAGAAAAGAUGAAUAGUCGCGGAAAUAUCGACGAGAUGAGUUUUAAACAUAUAAUGAAGUUUAUUAUAGAACAGGAGAGGAGGCGGCGGGAACAGACUCUUACGUACAUGAAGUUGUUUGAAGCAGAACCCUUGGAGAGACACAUCUCACGCCGAUGA